CUCACAUUCCACAUGCGCGUCGGUUGAGUUCAGCUCUGACGUUACAGCGGGGGGAGCUCUGCGAUUCACACGCCUGUCUGCAUGCUCCAACCACGGACCACCACUGCACAGUCCAAGGUUCGAGAAAUGAUGUUGACGAUAUCGACAGAAUCGACCACAGCACGGUUCAAAUUUGGAAUAUCCAAGAUUAGGAAUAUAAAUCCAUCAUGGCCCGCUUGUCUAUGACCCCCAACUUCUCAUGCAACUCGAAUGAACGAUAAUAAUACCGAGUAUCAUCUUGACCAAACACACUCCCGUCCCCUCCAUGUCUUCCUCAGCUGAAUUCUUCCGCAUCCCCGCGGCGGUCAUCCGUCGCACCGCGCCGCGUCUCAGUUCCACUCUUGGCCCCCUGGCCAACCGACCGGCCAUCCCAGGGAAACUGGCCGCCAUCUCCCGGGGGAAACUCCAGCGUGAAACUGAAUCUCAAACCCCCGACCUGCGUCGGUGUCUGGGUCACCACCACAUCUUCCGUCGCUGCGUCGCAGCCGAAGAAGAAGACAACGCACGAUAUCGGCGCGAAACCUACGACGAGGAUGACGACGGAGAAUACUAUCACCGCCACUCUACAAGCCGGCGCGAUUCGGACUCCACGCCCAUCCGCACGCAGAUCACCAAGGCCGUCAAAGCCAUGGUGCGACGUCGCGACGCCGACAACCACAACUCGCUGCCUGACAAUGGCCUGGUGCGCAUGUCGUCCUCCAACCGUGCCUCCGAAAAACCACGACCCUCCAUCAAACACAGCCGCCAUCAUAUAUCCAUGUUCGGCUUGCGACGGUUGAUUGCAUCGCAGUCGACAACAUUCCAGCCGCAAGCACAGGCUGUGGCCUAGCAAUAGUCCAAGUCAUGAUGAGUCGUGAUCGAAUGUUCAACCAACCUCAACGACCCGCUGUCACAACUCGAGAUACACUGCAUCCUUUUUCAUUUUUUUCCGUUUGAAGCGAAGCUAUGUUUAUGUGACGAUUCAUGAAUUGAUGAGUACGAAGUUACGUUUUGUGAUCUAUGAUCGAAUCCUUUUGUAUAUAUAUCCCAGUGUUUGAUGCCUGGGUAUGAAAGAUAAUAUCC